AGGGCACGUGACUGUCGCUUGCGGAUUGCGCAACCCGAGGGGGCGGGGCUAGGUCCAGUGAGAGAAAAAAAGGAGAGUGACAGGAUGGAAAAGGAGCAGCAGUGGUGGCGACGACGACUUCAGCUGCUGAAAAGGCUGAAGAAAGACUGUGAGAAAAGUGACUACAGAAGCCAGAUGCCUUGACUAGUUUGUAUUUUUUUACUAUUGCCUUGGCCGAUGACUACAGCCCUGCUGAAAUGCAUCACAAACUUCUGAAGAGUGCUCAUUACAUUGAGCUGGGAAGCUAUCAGUAUUGGCCUGUUCUGGUGCCUCGAGGAAUUCGCCUGUACACUUAUGAACAAAUCCCAGUAUUUCUAAAGGACAAUCCUUACAUCACAGAUGGCUACAGAGCCUACUUGCCUUCCAGGCUGUGCAUAAAAAGCCUGUUCAUUCUGUCUAAUGAAUCAGUCAACAUCUGGAGUCACUUAUUUGGCUUCUUCCUCUUUUUCAUCUUGGGCAUAUAUGACAUGACUUCUGUAUUGCCUUUGGCGAGUGCCUCUAGAGAAGAUUUUGUGAUUUGUUCUAUUUGUCUCUUCUGCUUUCAAGUCUGUAUGCUUUGCUCAGUAGGGUAUCACCUCUUCUGUUGUCAUCGCUCAGAGAAGACAAGUCGACGAUGGAUGGCAUUGGAUUAUGCAGGAAUUUCCAUUGGUAUCCUGGGCUGUUAUGUUUCUGGAGUCUUUUACGCAUUUUAUUGCAAUAAUUACUGGCGUCAAGUCUACUUGAUCACUGUCCUUGCCAUGAUCCUGGCAGUAUUCUUUGCUCAGAUUCACCCAAGUUACCUGACUCAACAGUGGCAGAGGCUGCGCUCCAUCAUCUUUUGUUCGGUGUCAGGCUAUGGAAUCAUUCCUACCAUCCAUUGGGUUUGGCUCAAUGGAGGUGUCACUGCCUCUAUUGUCCAGGAAUUUGCCCCUCGUGUGAUUGUAAUGUACUUGAUAGCUGCCAUAGCAUUUUUAUUCUACAUUUCCAAAGUCCCAGAAAGGUAUUUUCCAGGGCAGUUAAACUACCUCGGUUCUAGCCAUCAAGUCUGGCACAUCCUCGCAGUAGUGAUGUUAUACUGGUGGCAUCAGUCCACCGUUUACAUCAUGCAGUACAGACAUAGCAAGCCUUGCCCUGACCAUUCAACACAGUAGCGCACAAAGAAUCUUGUCCAUGCAGCGAAGUUUCUGACAGUGAAUGUGUUGAUCGAAUGAAGUGCAGCCUAAAGUGGUUGCUCCUAUGAAUGAAUCUUCUCUCCGCUAAGGAUGGUAUGUUAACAGGCAUUUCCGAGCCAACUGAGCAGAUCUCCAGCAGCCAAAUAACUUUCUGUUCAAAUGAGGACAGUGAAAGAACUGCAGCAGUCACCCUGUAUCGGGGUAAUAGAGCUAGAACUUAUAAAUAUGUAAAUAGGUCACUUUUAUUCAAGCUACUGAUGUACAGAGUUUGGCCUGAAAAGGAUAAAUCCUAAUAAGUUAAGAAAACGUUCUCUAAAAUGCAUGUGGGUAAAGUUCCUGCUAUAAAUUCUUAUUCUGGAACCUCACCUUGGAAUGUGAAUAAUACAUGUUGUUUGCUGUAUCUUUUAAAUGUGUUUUGUGUUCCUGCACUGAUAUUUGCUGUUGUGAAACUUUGGAUUCAAUGCAUUUUUACUAGAUUUUCUCUGUACUCUCAAAGAGUAUCUGCCGUGACUUUCUUCAAUGGUAACUCAACGAGUUAAUCAUAUCUUGAAAGGAGAAUUUGACUCCAUCAGUACUUUUAGACAGAAGGUUGCUCUCUGAUGUGUCUUUAAGAUCAAAGGAACAUUUAAAGGAGUAGGACCCCUCAUAGGCCACGUGCUGCUACAUGUUUAUGAAUUGCUUUUAUUUUAUUUUUUCAGGAUAUCACUUAACGGCUGCCAAAUUGUAAGGUAGCCUUUUGUGCCUGAGCAGCCAUCCCUCGCCUUUUUCUUUCUGAUGUAAGUGGGAACCAUGGCGGUAGACUACUGCCUUUGAGAAGGGCAGUACAUUUAGUUUCUAACAGUUUGGGGUCUGACUAGUGAUGUGGCCAUCUCCAUUUUGAUAUUCCAGCUAUCACUUCUUAACAAAAUCAUAGUGAGAUGGUUUAUAUGGGAAGCAAAGCUAUGUAAACUAGUACUUUACCCAUGGCUUGAGUUCUACACUGUUAACAAGCACUAGUUCAGAACUGUGGGGAUUAGUAUAGAAGAGAAUUAACAUAAGUUGCCCCUAAAAGCAGCUGAUAAAUCCAUGAAAUCACAAGUGGACAAUCUUUCACAUAUAUAGGCAGUCCCCAAGUUAUGAACAAGAUAGGUUCUGUAGGUUUGUUUUUAAGUUGAAUUUGUAUGUUGAAACAGGUACAUUUUUAAAGUGUAAAUCCAGUCAAAUAUAUAUGAUGCUCAAGAGUAUGUGUGUGGGUAUAGAGAGAGAGAGAAGUGAGAGAUCGACCUUUUGAUAGCAGAGGGAAGGGUUAACACCCCUGUGGUUUUUGUUUUGCUGCCUAUGCCCCUAUUCAAAAAAAAAAUCACCUCACUUUCUGUCCCUGUGAAAAUUGGAUUUUGAAAAAAUUGGCUUGUUGUGGAAACAAGGAUUGGUGGGAAAACUAAAAUUGAGACACCUGUUUUCCAUGACAACUCUUCUGGGAAUCAAUGUCCCUUCCAAAGGGUAGAUUCCUCUCACGUCCUGUUCUCACCCCCAUUCUUAACUAUGAGUCAUUUGUAAGACAGAUGUUUGUAACUCAGGGACUGCCUGUACACACACAGAUGCAUUUCCUUAAGGAUCAUCUCGGAGAUCAUCCACUGGUGGCAGGAGAGGCCAGUGCCAAGAGUAGGUGACCCAUAUCCCCUUUUUUCUUGGAGAUUGCUGAGGGAGGGACAAAUUACUUACACAGAAGCUUGCGUUUAUUAUUUGCAGAGUUUUUGAAAUUAGGUUAUCUGCCUCCCAAUUCCCCACAUACUUUACAUAAAGCGCUCCUCUUCUUCAGCUUCCUUUCCAGUACUAUUUUGCCAUGGAAAAUCAGCCAGGGUUUCAAGAAGCAAGAUGACUGCAGAACAUGGUGUUCUGACCUUAAUAUCGUCCAAGUUCAGGACAUGGGGAAAUGCUUUUUGCCUUCCAACAUGUUUUAAAGUUAUAGAAUAUAGCAGCCUACCUUUUGUUUCCUGUUGAACGGCUGUUGCAUCCUGCAUUGUUCUGUAUUUCUAAAUAAGAAAAAAGGUUCUAGGGCAUUGAAAUGGCAAGUUGUCAAGUAGUUGCUGGGGGGCUGACAAUUUUGACUUGAGGAAAAACUUCUCCACUUCCUUGAAGAAAUUAAAACACACGAGAAACCAAGUGCUGUUCCUUCAAGUUAUUUUUAUCUUGACUCACUUGAUAUACAGACUCAAAGCGCCGUCCUCCUAUGCCUUGUACCUUGUCAUGUGAAAUGGCAUUUGGCUUAAGUAUUUGUAUAGUUAAGCCUUAUUCACAAUAAAGGCUCUGCAAUCAUUAACAAAAUCCACAGUCCUCACCCCAACUUUCAUACUUAUUGCAAUUUAAACAAGAGCAGAAAAUUACUAAUGUUGGAGUUGCACAUGUGUCCUAAAGUAUUGUUGUUGGGCUGAUUAAUAAUGAAUAGUGUUAAUUGUUGCAUGAGAAACUUGCAACUUUUUCUUUGGCUAAAGGUUUGUUAAUUACUUUAUGAGGCAAGAUGAGAACUAGAGUCUCUGUGAGCUAUUCGCAUAAGUCAGCUAGCCCUGGCUGUCCAUGACCUAUCUAGGCAUGAAGUAGGUAGUUGGUCUCUCAAGCCCAGCUCUAAUUCUGAGAACACACUUUUCCUUCCCUUGUAAAUAUUGAUCCCUGAUGUAGAUGCAGUUCACACUGAGAAAUGGAUUUGUUGCUUCGUUGUAGAUAACUCUCCCCUCUUUCCUAGUCCCUCUUCCUUAGCCUUUGUCAGUAUUACCAGCAAUAUCCCUUCAAGGGAUAAAAGCAAAACCCUAUAGGGUUUUAUUCUCCCAAUGGGGACAAUAUGUUUAAAAAGAGGUUUAGGUAUCCAGCCCAUUUUCAGUCUUAAAGAGCAUUGUACAAAAAUACAAGUUUAUAAAUAUGGCCAAGAAUCCAAAUGUGCACAUUUUGUAUACUGUGAAAGUACCUUAUUGAGCAAUCAAACUAUAAGUACCACCAAGUAUGCAAGGGCAAAAGAAGAAAGCCUAUCCUUGUUCAUGCCAGUUCUAAACAUAAUCCCAGGGGCAACUGUGGUUGUGCAAGACCAGGAACAAAUAUUAAAAUUAAAGUCUAGCUGCUCUUUCCCCUUGAUCCUCUUGUACUGGAUAAGGGGACUUGAAAUAAAUGGGGGGUUUUUUUCUCGAGAGGAAUUAUGUAUAAAUAAUGUUCACUGAAGUUAAACUGAAGGAUCUUAAAUGUUUACUAAUGCUAAAAGCAAAACUGAUAUAUUGAAGAUGGAGUAGUGGUUUUCUUGUUUACAGCUUUUAGCAUUACAAGACAGUAAAUUCCUUUUAAGACAGUUCUUCCCAUACCCCAUUUUUACUGUGAAAUUAACUCCAGUGUAAUGGAGUUUUUGAUGGUAGAUUGUAAAUAUAUAAUGCAGAUAUCUUAUAAGUGUUAAGACAGACUGAACUCCAAUGAAGGCUGUACAUCAAAACCUUUUGCAAAUGCCCAGUUAUGCGUGUAAACCAGUUUUUUUCCUCAAAUGUUUGCUUUAAAGUGUUAGCUGCUCUAACACAAGAGCAACUACUUUAACUGCUGUUCAACUGCCUGAAGGAAACUGAAUGCAAAAACAAAUACAUCAAAUUUCACGUUUCCUAUAUUUUUAGGCCUUUUCUGAUAAUGUAAACUUUAUUAGCCUGUGAACAUGUUCCAGUAUCUGUUGUAGGAGCCUCAAUUUAAAUGUACCUAACAAAGCCUUGCUGUAUAAAUGGGUUUAAAAGAGUGCUGCUUCUCUUACUUCUUUUACCCAUUUGUUGUCAUGUGUACAAGAUAAAGUCACAAUAAAAUCCUUGGUAUAUACAAUCAAGUGCAAUUUAAUAAAUUUACACAAUAUGUAUGAUUUAAUACUUGCCUCUUGUCAAUAAACAGUUCAUGGCAAA